CGCGGUCGAAAGCCCUCGUCUAGCAAGGGCUUACGAGAACUUAUAGUCGUCCACCGCAUAGAAAUGGCCGCCGGCCGGUCGUUGCCGCAAGAGAAGAUGUUGAGUAAUGAAUGUGUGAAGUGUAUUGUCCAACGGAAUGCGCGAGUGGAUGAUUUAAAUAUGCUGGACAUGAACAAAUCCAUGACUCUAUAUCAGUGUGAUAUUGAUGUGCAUCAUCCACAUCUUUUCUUUUGCGAUGUUCCAUUCCCGUUUGAAGGAGUGCCACCAUGA